AUGGCUUACCGCAAAAACGGCCUGCGCAUGGAGGACCUGCACUCCGUGAAGAUGGACGGCUUGUCCGAGUUACGCUGUGUACAUCAAAAGUAGCAGUUUACUUUCAGAUGCGGUUGUUGUGCGCAUGAUUUUUGCAAUGAUGUUGACCACCUCUGCAUGGCAAAUUUUGAUUUUUCUUUCUUCGAGCUUCAGCAUCACAAACUCAGUUACAGUUAGAAUUUGAUUUGUCCGUAUAAUUUGUAAUGCAAUUCUGGUAAAGUGCACUGCUUUUGUAUUGCAUACACCUACGUGAAGGCGGAAGAGGUCGAGAAGGAGUUCUCCAAGUUCGGUACCGUCCAGGACGUGUACAUUCCGCGCGACUACCGCUCCGGACGCGGAAAGUAUUCUGAGUAAAAACGUCUCCACCCCAGAAUUGCCAUGCGGGUUUGCAAGAAUCACAGGAAACCUUGUAAUGCGCAUCCCCAUGAGAAGCAGUUUCAAUCGUGUCAUGCAACUUGUGAUGCUGUAAACAGGAUACCAGGAUGGCUUUGUGAUGCGGCUGUCCUUGCUAAAAGGCAAAUUACGGCACGGAGAAAAACUUGUCAUGCGUGACUCCAAAAAGAACUUCCGGAUUUGUGCUGCACAAUUCCCAACUUGACUCUAGCGUGGGGACGUUUUUGCACAGGAUAGAGAGGGCUUCGGGUUCGUCCGCUUCGAGCACAAGGAUGAGGCCGAGGACGCGGCCAAGGCGGACAUCACCAUGGACAACCAGAAGAUCGAGCUCGUCCUCGCCAUAUCCAGUGCAAAAGUAUCGUACUCGUAGUAAUUGCAUUUAUGCAUUACAAGUUUCUUUUGCAAGGUAAAUCAGCAUUACAAAUUUAAUGUGUAAUGCUAAGUCAAUUUGUAAUGCAAUUCGUACUAGUACGAUACUUUUGCAAUGCAUACGCCACCCGCGGCAAGCGCAACAUGGAAUGGAAGGACGACCGCCGUGACCGCGGCCGCCGCGACAGCCGCGACCGCCGGGACCGCCGCGGAGGAGACCGCCGCUCCCGCUCCCGCGGAGGAGACCGCCGGGGUGGCCGCCGCGACUCUCGUCGCCGCUAAAUUGUGCUGCGUCGGAUUUGAAACUUUUUAUCAUUUGAUACAAGGAUUUCAAAAUACUGUAGAAAUAGACGCUGUUCAUUGAGCUGUAUUGGUUAGAGGAUAGUGGAGAACUGUGAUGCGGACUGAUCACUACACUAGCGAUAUUUUCUAUUGUGAGUAUGGUUCCACCCCGCGGGUAGUUCUCGCUUUUUCUAGCGAUAAACAGGGAGAGCAGCAGUCUUUUUCUUUAUGAUUUUCUCUUGUUAUCGCACGGUAACUUUAGAGAAGCUAAAAAAAAAAUUGCAAACAACAAAACUAAGGUUUUUUUUCAACAACAAAAUCGUUUAGUGCAAUACCCUAUAACACUUUUUACUAUUACUCAAAAAUCAAAUACACCGAUUGUUACAGAUAUACGUAAUACUCAGAGCAGCUUAAGACACUGAUUUCUGGAAAGAUAUGGGAUUUUGGACGGUGGUCGAGAAAAGUACUAUUUCUCUCCAAACACGACUAGGAGAGCUGUACAAAUAUUGGGCUAUAUUACGAAGAUGGUCCUUUGAUAGCUCGAGAAGAUAGUAGUGCUACACCCGGCGACGCAGUACUGCUCUUCACUGUACUACGGAGGAUAUAAUUUUCGUUUUGAAUGUCAGUGCCGGAGCCAGAAGCACUAAUUUCUUGUCUAGGACAUAAAGGAAGGCAAGCAGUACUUAUAACCGCGGGCUCUUCCUUGUGGGGAUCCGACGGAAAAAAGUCAUGCUUGCUGGUGCGCUAGCGUGAUUUAUGGUUCGAAAUGACAUUUUUCGAAUCGCCGUACAAAAAAGGCAAGAACGUGCAGGACUGUAGAGGACACGUGCGUUGUACUUCGGCACAGAUUUUUCAAUAAACGAAAGGCAAAUUUUUCAAGCGGAUAGCAAUCGCGGAUGUUGCAGUGGUAGACACGGAACUAUGUACAUGCCAUGUAAACAUUAUUUUCGAAAUAAUCAAGCACGGAUUGCUCGAAUCUUACCACGACAAAGCUUCUAUUGCAACACUGCUGAUAGCCUACUGCUUUUAGAA